CAACUGAGCUACAGAGGCCAGUUGUCAAGCUCUAACCAACUGAGCUACAGAGAGACAGUUGUCAAGCUCUAACCAACUGAGCUACAGAGGACAGUUGUAGAGCUCCAACCAACUGAACUACAGAGGCCAGUUGUCGAGCUCCAACCAACUGAGCUACAGAGAGACAGUUGUCAAGCUCUAACCAACUGAGCUACAGAGAGACAGUUGUCGAGCUCUAAACCAACUGAGCUACAGAGAGACAGUUGUGGAGCUCUAACCAACUGAGCUACUGUACAGAGUCCACUUGUCGAGCUCUAACCACAAGUUUAUGUAUACAUAUACUGACCCUUAAUAUAUCUUUCGACCUGAUGAGACUAUUCAGUGUUAGUAAAAGUAGUUUAAUUUAUAUCCUUGUUUUGAUUACUGUAAGUUUCAACACAUGAUAAAUUAUUCUUUAGCUUACAAUGAAGUUGGCAGCCAGUGAAGCAUUUAAAGGAAGGAAAACGUGUUACGAAGAAAGUGUUUCUGAGCCGUUUAUGUACAGCAGAUUGGGUAGGACGCUGUUCUUUCCAUUAAAUCAAUCGUUCAAUUGUCUUGGGGACAUUAUCCAACUCUCUUUUUGCAAUUUCAGAUCCAACGCAAGAGUCAUUGAAAAGGAGUGCUUUUGAUUCGAUUUUUAAUGCAGAAGAAACGAAGGUAGGUAGUCAGCAUUUGUUUGCAAUAAAAUAAUUGAUCAAGAAGAUCUAGUAUCAGAUCCUAAACUCUUAACUCUUUGACAGUCAUCAUUCCUUAGUCUUUUAGAACUUUAAUUAGAAUUGCGAUGUUUCUUGAAAAUGAGAUCGACUUUGAUAUCGCAUUAUAUUUUUGCUAAACAGCUGUUUAUUAUCAUCUUUUAGUAUUGUAUCGAUGUGGUGAAAUAUGAUCGCCAUGGUUACAAACCAAGAUCACGUGUGCUUAUCGUCACUAAUGAGGUACAGUAAGAUUUGUUUUCUUGUUUUGCUAAUAUAUUCAAACAGAGCCUGACGGCACAUCUCUAACACAAAAAGCUUCUCUAAAUCAUCUAAUACAGACACUCCUCGAAUACAGACACUUCUUUAAUACGGAUAUCUCUCUAAAUACAGAAUGCUUCUCUAAUACAGACACUUCUCUAAUACAGACACCUCUCUAAAUACGUACACCUCUCUAAUACAGACCCUCUCUAAUACAGACACCUCUCUAAUACGGACACCUCUCUAAUACAGACACCUCUCUAAUACAGACACCUUUCUAAUACAGACACACUCUAAUACAGACACCUCUCUAAUACAGACACCUCUCUAAUACAGACACCUCUCUAAUACAGACACCUCCCUAAUACGGACACCUUUCUAAUACAGACACUCUCUAAUACAGACACCUCUCUAAUACAGACGCUCUCUAAUACAGAAUACCUCUCUAUAAUACAAGCAUCUCUCCAAUACAGACACUUCUCUAAUACAGACACCUCUCUAAUACAGAUCGGCUCUCUAAUACAGAAUAACUCUCUAUAAUACAAGCAUUUCUCUAAUACAGACACCUAUCUAAUACAGAACGCCUCUCUAAUACAGACACUUCUCUAAUGCAGACACCUCUCUUAUACGGACAUUUCUCUAAUACAGAAUGCCUCUCUAAUUAAGACACCUCUCUAAUACAGACAACUCUCUAAUAUACCAACUCUAUAACAUUUCUCUAAUACGGACACCUCUCUAAUAUAUAUACCCAUUUUAUAUUAGAACAGUGCCUAUUUUAUGCCCUGAUAAAUGACAUCACAAUGUUGACUUAGGGUAUGCUUAGGACUACGGUUAGAAUUAGUAUUAGAUUAGAGUUAGAACUGGGAUUGAUUAGGAUUUUAUUUAAAAUAAAAUUGCCGAAAUUGGAAUUAGCCCAAUGCAAAAACGGACGGUCAGAAAAUCCUGGAAAAUUUUGAUGGUGAAUACAUUUUUAGGCGAUAUAUUUGGUGGAACCAUCAAAUUUCAAAGUGAAGGAGAAGGUUCUUCAUUCCGAAGUCAAAGGUAUUAAAUUUUAGUUUUAGUUGUAUUGAAUAUUAGUUUGCCAGUAUACAUCGUGUUGGAUAUUAUUAUAACCAAAGUUUUAUUUCUUAAGGGAUAUCAGUGAGUUCACUGGGUGAUAAUGUUUUAAUACUUCACACAACGUGUGAACAAAAGGAAGAUAAGGUAAUAUUGCAUGGUACAUCGUGUAUAGUGUGUAACAAUGAUGUUUACUGAAUAGUGACAGAAUCCAGGAGUAACAGCUUUUUAAUGAAGACCCCCCCCCCCCUUCAAGAUUUUACGCUAACUGUUUGACAAAAGGUCUUGCCUCAAGAGUAAGGAUUUUCCUCCUUAAAUUUUUUGGUUAUAUAUCUUCAUGUUUCUAGCACAUGUUUCGGAUUGUCUUAUCGCCACGGUUUGUGGAUAUAAAGUACGCCUGUUUUUGGCAUACCUUAUAUCCACGGUAUAAAGUACGCCUGUUUUUGCGUUUACCCUAUCAAUAUUUUGACAAUAACUUAAAGUACUGUAUACUGCAGCUAAACUUAGCUCGCUCAGUUAAACGACCAAGAAAAAACUAUGGAAAAAAGAUGACAAUAAUUCUAAUAAUUUUUCUGUGUUGGUGUAGUGUACUCAGGUGAAUAUGAUGCUUGUGAUGUUACUCUGAGUGCAUAUUCACACCGGGAAAGCUUGAAAAUUACGCCUGGCCACGGUGGGAAUCGAACCUUCCGAAGGUCGUAGGUUCGAUUCCCACCGUGGACAGGCGUAUUUUUUAAGCUUGCCUGGUGUGAAUAUGCACUCAGAGUAACAUCUCAAGCAUCAAUUCUAAUAAUGUCAUAAAUUAUUUCCUUAAAAUUUUUUUUAAAAUAUUCCUGUAUUGAAGUCCGCCACCUUCUUUCUCAUCAUUUCCUUUCUUCUUUGCUCGUCUGUAUAUGUUCAACUUUGUCAUGUUUUUCCAUGACAAGAGUGCUAGUUCAAACCAUCAAAAGUGACAUUAGCUGGUUCAAUAUAUCUGGACAUUUUUAACGCAGGGUGACUGGAUUUUCACAAGUUCGAAGAUUAUUGAAACGGUGACGCAAAUUUUUAUGGCAACGAAUACCAAAGACAAAAUUAAUAUUGAACAGUCUAGGUAAGUAUAGGUUUAUAGAUAUCCAGCUGUAAAAUUCCAAAAUGGUUUUUACCGUGCCAUCGCAAGAAAGUAUCCAUGAAAUUCACUGAAAAUGUUGAGUAAAUAUGUACAUCCACCCAUGCAUAUAAUAUUAUACAAAGACCCCCAUUAUUAAUAUAUUUUUGAGCGAAUUUACACCGAAGAAUGAGUUAGAAUGACUUGAGUUAUGGACAGGAAUAUCAAAAUGAAACAAAGUUAACAGUCAGACAUUCAAGUUGCUUUAUACCUUUAAUUGUGUUUUAGUAUUACUCAUUCGUUGCCGAAGGAGAAGAAAGGCACCAUAACGUUUGCGACAGGGUGCGUAUAAUCUUAUUUUGUCGUGUCGUGUUGAUUUAAUAGUGAGUAGACUUUGUUGAAUGAUAUUAAUUCUGUGUGUUUAGUGAACAACUACUGAUUGGAAAAGGCAAGACUGGCAAUUUAGAAGUGGUAUGUUGCCUUUGUUUUAUACUGAGAACUCAGUGAACCCUCGCUGGCCGGGCUACACAGUAAAAACGCACAGGUUGUUACAGGUCUGCAAACAAAUUGUUACAAAAUCUGUUCACAAGCUGUCAACAAAUUAUGUUCGCACUGCUUGUUUCCAGUUGUUGUAACAAGUUUGGAACAAGCUGUUAACAACUUGUAACAAGCUUGAUGGCAUUAUCACACUUGUAGCAAAGUUGUUCUAACAAGUCUGAUACAGUCAUGAUAUAACACGUUUUAUAAAUCUGUUCACAAGCUGUCAACAAGUUGUGUUCGCACUGCUUGUUCCCAGUUGUUGUAACAAGUUUGAAACAAGGGGUUAACAACUUGUAACAAGCUUGAUGGCAUUAUCAGACUUGUAGCAAAGUUGUUCUAACAAGUUUGAUACAGUCGUGAUAUAACAAGAAUGUUACAAGGUUGAUGACACAAGGUUGUAACAACAUUGUUAUAUCAUGACUGUAUUGGACUUGUUGGAACAACCUUGCAACAUUGUCUGAUAAUACCAACAAGAUUGUUACAAGUUGUUAACAGCUUGUUCCAAACUUGUUGACAACUUGUUGGCAGACUUGCCACAAGAUGUGAGACUUUUGCGUGUGUAAUGGUCAAUGCAUGGCCUAAUCAAUAUCAGAACAAUGGUAACUAGCCGAGAGGUUACGAUUAAGAUUAUUUACAAACCCAUUUUAGAAAUUCUCCCAAACUAUCUGAGACAGUUCAAACGAAAACAUUCUACCAUCCGCCUUCUUAUUAUUUUUAAUUAAAUCUAAUUCAAUAACGUCACAACCAUUACUAUGACUUUUUAAAACUAAAAAAUAUACCAGUAGAAAUCUUAUACAUAGCGUGUGCUUUAAUCCAAAAUAGACAGAAGUAUAAAAUAGAAUUUAGCAUUGAAAUGACCCGAGAAUCACUCAAGAUAGAAAAUAGUUUUACAGUGGUUUUGGCGGAAUGCAUAAUUAUUUUGUUUGAAAUGAAGUGUAAUAUCUUUUAUACCAAGAACGACAAAGAAAAUCUGUAAUAAGAUUUUUAAAUAUCGUGAAUCUCUCUUCCACGUUGAAACUUUAUUGCCACUUUUCUAGUUUAGUAAGUCAGCCAGCACUUCAUAUAUUAUAUUGGUCCAGAUUUUCACGCUUCUCAAAAAAGAGAAGAAUUUUGUUUUGCAGACAAGUUCGAUGCUAACAAGUAACCCUUUUCAUUCUCAUAGAUUGUGCCAUUUUGAUUUUGGUGGUAGAGCAGACGAAUUAUGUGAAUUUUGCCAGCUGGCUUGUAUUUAUGAUCAUAAUCAUUUGCACCGCACAUUAGACUUGGUCAAUGGAAAGCACGAGACAUAGAUCACAGAAUUAAUUUCAGUUUUUUUAGAAGCUGAUCGUUAUUUUAAUUGCAUAUAUAAUUUGUUCUCUAAGAGCUCAUUUCUAUAGAUCUAUUUUAAAGUUAACACAGAAAAUUCAAAUAGAAU